AUGGAACUUAAUCAUCAACAACGUCGAUGGCUUAUUAAGCAACGCGCCGACGAGCCUCAAACUCGACAAGAUAGUAUGGAGUACUUUCUUCGUCAGAUACUUCAUCUCAGUCAACCUAUUCCCCCACCCUCCACCUUAUCCUCGCUUGAACCGCGUACGGACACAAUGAAACGACGCCUUUGGUACUUACAGCAAUGCAUCUUUCUCCUCUACCUUCUGCCGAUCUCCAGUGAGCAAUGGUUCUAUUGCAACGACCGCAUACGUCCCCUUCUUCGUCGAUAUCAACUGGACACCCUCGACCUCAACGUUACCGGUGCGGAGGAAACGGAGGCAGCGGUGUAUAAACAUAUGAAGCAGAGGAUGCUGGGCCCGCGGCCAUGGAUAUCACAAGACCCCAACGUGGAGGAUUUUAGAUACAGUUGCUUUGCAUCGGAGGCAACGCACUUCUCCAGCACUGAGUCGCUGUCUCGUACCACCGACGAGGACUCAGAUGUCACACCUGGACGGAAGAUGACGUGGUGUGACAAUGCUAUCUCGAAAGGAUUGGAUCAACGAAAACGAAAGCGUGUAGAUUAG